UGUCCAAAGAAGCAGAGCUCUUCGGAACUGUUUCUGCAGCCGGACUGCAAGGCCAGUCAUAAUACUGAAAAUCAUACUGCUGAAACUUUUUAUGACGAUUUGUACUCGAUGUCAGAGAUGAGGUUUUUGAUGAUAUUGCCAGCAGUCACAGUAACUUUGACUUUCUUACACAUGGUUACAAGCACAGGAAACCCAAGAGAUGACCCAGGAUCAACCAUUCCUUUUUCCAUAAAGGAUGCUUCCAAAACAAAGAACAUAACGAGAGCUGGAGUUAACAGGGGUCUGAGGGAGUGCCAACGGCUAUUUAAGAACGACAUCUGGAACUGCAGUUUUCAUGACGAAAGUGUGACUAGAGAAUUAACUGACUUUGUUCAAACAACUUUGCCUUACGCCAAUAGAGAGAUGGCGUUUUUACAUGCGAUCACCACCGCUGGCAUCCUUCAAGAAAUUGUUUCUCAGUGCGCUGCAAACAAAAUUACCGAAUGCAGUUGUAACAAAACAGCAUGGCAAUCGCACGCCUGUAAAAAAACCAUCCUGGAUUUUGCUGUAAAGCAGACAAAGAUUCUCACAAGAAGUAAAACGCAAGGGAACGACGAACAAAAUAAAAUUGACCAAAGUCAUAAAAAAGAAGGAAUAAAGGUUUUCAAGAGGAACUAUCGCAGUUGUCAUGGUAAAGUGCCUAAAAAUUGUAAGACUUUCCAAGAAAUUGCAAAUGAACUAAAAAAAAAAUAUCAGUCUGUUAGCAAGACCAACAGGGCGCAGCAGGAUAUCAGAUCUACUUUUAAAAGAAAGCCUAAAUUUGGAUGAAAAAAGCACACAAAUGGCGCUGUAAGCGAUAUAAAAUGACACCCACUACAGAGAAGCGAAGGAGUCCAGGCAACUACCAAGAUAGUUCAAAAAUAUAUUCAGUAACAGUCUACGUGUAAAAGAAAAUACGCCACCACAACCAUCAGGGUCAAACCUGGCGCAAAUGUUAAAGUUGAGCAAGCAUUUCCCCGUCAUCAUAAAUGAGUAUUGUUACACUUCGUGUUGCCAAAGCCAUUUUAUUGAGAGAAACCCUAGGAGCUUUAGUCUUUUAAAACAGGGGCCUCUUAUUCUCAGGCCCUUAAACGUAUCGCUUGUAGGUUUUAGUGGCGCAGUAAAUCUACGUUUCCAAUUUUUUCUCUAAUAUUGAACCGUCUUAAUAAAUAGCAAAUAGAAAAACCUUUGGAGCUUUAGUCUUUUAAAUCAGGGGCCUCUUAUGUUUAGGUUCAUAAAUGUAUCUCGCGUUGGUUUUAGUGAAUCAGUAAAUCCACACUUGCAAUAUUUGCUAUAAUAUUGCCGGGUAGCGAAUAAUGAACGCGUUCCUCGACCGCUUUCCAAGAGGGAAGUACAUCUAGUUCAAAAGGAGGAUUUUUUUAGGUAUAUGAUCUUUCUGCUUGAAUGGUGUCACAUUGUCAUGUGAAACUUUGUUAUUUUAGAAGAUGUUUUUUACCACGUCCCUUAUGGCUAUUUAAAGAAUCCUGUACACUCGCAUAUUCUUAUAUCACACUGAAUAUUACGCAGGCAGAGCAGUUAAUGACCAGGCACAUCUAAUGAAGAUAUGUUGACCUUGUAAAAAUCUAUUUCC